AUGGCAAAGAAAAAGUUUACUGGAUUAGAAAUUACUCUGAUUGUCCUGUUUCUCAUUGUCACUAUCAUAGCUGUUGCCUUAGUUGCUGUUUUAGCAACUAAAACACCUGCAGUUGAAGACCUCACAGAGAAGCCUUCCAGUUCAGGAAAAUGUCCAAGUGACCAAAAUGAUGACAUCAAUAAGAGAAUCAAUUGCAUACCAGACCAAUAUCCAACAGAGACAAUUUGUGCAAUUCGAGGUUGCUGCUGGAAGCCCUACAACACCUCUGUCAUUCCAUGGUGCUUCUUUGCCAAUAACCAUGGCUACAACGCUGAGCGAGUGAGAACUACAACUUCCGGGCUUGAGACCAGAUUAAAUAGGAUCUCUUCCCCUACAUUAUUUGGAAAUGACAUCAACGGUCUUCUUCUCACAACCCAAAGUCAGACAUCAAAUCGUCUCCGGUUCAAGAUUACUGACCCAAGCAGCAGAAGAUUUGAAGUUCCUCAUCAGUAUGUGAAAGAAUUUACUGGAACUGCAGCUUCUAAUACCUUGUAUAAUGUUCAGGUUGUGGAAAACCCAUUCAGCAUCAAAGUUACUAGAAAAAGCAAUAACAAAGUUUUGUUUGAUACCAGCAUUGGUCCCCUGGUGUACUCUGACCAGUAUUUACAGAUCUCCACUAAAGUUCCCAGUGACUAUAUGUAUGGUUUUGGAGAACAUAUUCACAAGAGAUUUCGUCAUGACUUAUAUUGGAAGACAUGGCCGAUUUUCACCCGGGACCAACUUCCCGGUGAUAACAACAACAAUUUAUAUGGCCACCAAACAUUCUUUAUGUGCAUUGAAGAUGGAUCCGGAAAGUCAUCUGGUGUUUUCUUAAUGAAUAGCAAUGCAAUGGAGGUGUUCAUCCAGCCUACUCCCAUAGUAACUUACAGAGUUAUUGGUGGCAUUCUUGACUUUUAUAUCUUCCUGGGAGAUACUCCAGAACAAGUAGUCCAGCAGUAUCAAGAGCUCAUUGGACGACCAGCAAUGCCAUCAUAUUGGAGUCUUGGAUUCCAACUGAGCCGCUGGAAUUAUGGGUCACUUGAUGUAGUGAAAGAAGUGGUACAAAGAAACCGGGCUGCUGGCAUACCAUUUGAUACACAGGUCACUGAUGUUGACUACAUGGAAAACAAGAAAGCCUUCACUUAUGAUAAAGUUAAAUUCAAUGGGCUCCCUGAAUUUGCUCAAGACUUGCACGACCAUGGACAGAAAUAUGUCAUCAUCUUGGACCCUGCAAUUGCCAUCAGUAAACGUGCCGAUGGAGCACCAUAUGAAAGCUAUGAGAGAGGGACUGCAAAGAAGGUGUGGGUGAAUGAGUCAGACAGAACCACAGAAAUUAUUGGAGAGGUGUGGCCAGGGCUAACAGUAUACCCUGACUUCACUAAUCCCAGCUGCAUGGAUUGGUGGGCAGAUGAAUGCAACAUUUUCCACCAAGAAGUGCCAUAUGAUGGACUUUGGAUUGAUAUGAAUGAAGUAUCCAACUUUGUUCAUGGUUCAACCAAAGGAUGUGCUAAGAACAAACUGAAUUAUCCACCUUUCACCCCUGAUAUUCUGGACAAAGUCAUGUACGCAAAGACAAUCUGCAUGGAUUCCGUGCAGUUCUGGGGGAAGCAGUAUGAUGUUCACAGCCUCUAUGGGUACAGCAUGUCCAUAGCCACGGAGAAAGCUGUAGAAAAAGUCUUUCCUGGCAAGAGAAGUUUUAUCCUUACCCGGUCCACCUUUGCGGGAACGGGAAGACAUGCUGCACAUUGGCUGGGUGACAACACGGCCUCCUGGGAACAGAUGGAGUGGUCCAUCACUGGGAUGCUGGAGUUUGGCAUGUUCGGAAUGCCCUUGGUUGGAGCAGAUAUCUGUGGAUUUGUGGUUGAUACCACAGAAGAACUUUGCAGAAGAUGGAUGCAGCUUGGGGCAUUUUACCCUUUCUCCAGAAACCAUAAUGCCGAAGGUUACAAGCAUCAAGAUCCAGCAUUCUUUGGGCAGGACUCCCUUUUGGUGAACUCUUCAAGACACUAUUUGAACAUCCGUUAUACCUUGUUACCUUUCCUCUACACUCUGUUUUAUAAAGCCCAUGUGUUUGGAGACACAGUAGCCAGGCCAUUCCUCCAUGAGUUUUAUGAAGAUCCAAAUAGCUGGAUAGAGGAUACUCAGUUCUUAUGGGGCCCUUCACUACUUAUUACUCCUGUCUUGAGACAGGGAGCAGAAAUAGUGAGUGCAUACAUCCCUGAUGCUACUUGGUAUGAUUAUGAAACUGGUGCAAAAAGGCCAUGGAGGAAACAGCGCGUGGAUAUGCCUCUCCCGGCUGACAAGAUAGGUCUGCACCUUCGAGGAGGCUACAUCACCCCCAUACAACAGCCAUCAGUGACUACAUCUAAAAGCCGAAAUAACUCUCUUGGAUUGAUAGUUGCCUUAGAUGAAAAUAAUACAGCACAUGGAGACUUUUUCUGGGAUGAUGGAGAAACUAAAGGAACCAUUGAAAAUGGCAACUACAUUUUUUAUAAUUUUUCAUCUUCUGAUAACACAUUAAAUAUUCUGUGUACCCACUCAUCAUACGAGGAAGGAACCACUUUAGUAUUUGAUACUAUAAAAGUCCUUGGGUUGCCAGAAACGGUUACAACAGUCAUGGUGAGAAGGGGUCAGUCAACAGCCCCUCACAUUGAUUUCACUUAUCAUGCUUCCAACCAGAGUCUCAUCAUUGAUAAUCUGAAGCUUAAUCUUGGAGGAAACUUUACUGUUCAAUGGAAUCAACUUUUCUUAGAAAGUGAAAGAAUCAACUGCUAUCCAGAUGAUGACAUAGUAGAUCAAAGAACUUGUGAAGGACGAGGCUGUGUGUGGAGCAAGUCUUCUUCUGGAUCCAGAGCACCUGAGUGUUACUUCCCUAGACAAGACAACCCUUAUCAAGUCAGAUCAACUACAUAUUCCUCCGUGGGUGUAAUAGCUGAUCUCCAGUUGAGUACUGCCAGUGCUCGGAUCAAGCUCCCUUCUGAUCCUAUUCCAACUCUUCGAGUGGAGGUGAAAUAUCACAAAAAUGAAAUGUUGCAGUUUAAGAUUUAUGACCCACAAAAUAAGAGAUAUGAAGUCCCAGUACCACUAGACAUCCCAACUAAACCAACAAGUACUUAUGAAAAGAGACUUUAUGAUGUAGAAAUCAAGGAACAACCUUUUGGUAUCCAGAUUCGUCGGAGAAACACUGGAAGAGUUAUCUGGGAUUCACAGCUACCUGGGUUUGUUUUCAAUGACCAAUUCAUUCAAAUAUCUACUCGCCUGCCAUCAGAGUAUGUCUACGGCUUUGGAGAAGCAGAGCACACAGAAUUCAAGCGAGACCUCAACUGGCACACUUGGGGAAUGUUCACAAGAGACCAGCCACCUGGUUAUAAACUUAAUUCCUAUGGAUUCCACCCCUAUCACAUGGCCUUAGAAGAUGACAACAAUGCACAUGGAGUUCUCUUACUUAACAGCAAUGGAAUGGAUGUCACCUUUCAACCAACUCCUUCUCUAACCUACCGCACAAUUGGAGGAAUCUUGGAUUUUUACAUGUUUUUAGGCCCGACUCCAGAAGUUGUUACAAAGCAAUACCAUGAAGUGAUUGGUCAACCAGUCAUGCCACCUUACUGGGCUAUGGGAUUCCAGUUAUGUCGCUAUGGAUACAGAAAUACUUCAGAGAUCCAGCAACUUUAUGAUGAAAUGGUGGCCGCUCAGAUACCCUAUGAUGUCCAGUACACAGACAUUGACUACAUGGAAAGGCAGCUCGACUUUACCAUUGAUGAUGAAUUCCAAGAACUUCCUCAGUUUGUUGACAGAAUCAGAAACGAUGGGAUGAGAUACAUUAUUAUCCUGGAUCCAGCAAUUUCUGGAAAUGAAACUAAGCCUUAUCCUGCAUUUGAAAGAGGAGUUGAAGAUGAUGUCUUUGUCAAAUGGCCCAAUACCAGUGAUAUUUGCUGGGCAAAGGUUUGGCCAGAUUUGCCUAAUAUAACAACAGAUGAAAGUUUAACUGAAGAUGAAGCUGUUAAUGCCUCCAGAGCUCAUGUAGCUUUCCCAGAUUUCUUCAGGAAUUCCACAGCUCAAUGGUGGGCAAGAGAAAUCAUAGAUUUCUAUAAUAAGCAGAUGAAAUUUGAUGGCUUGUGGAUUGACAUGAAUGAACCAUCAAGUUUUGUAAAUGGAACCACCACAAAUCAAUGCAGAAACAAUAAGCUAAAUUUUCCACCUUAUUUCCCAGAACUCACAAAAAGAAGAGAAGGACUACAUUUCAGAACUAUGUGUAUGGAAACUGAGCAGAUUCUUAGUGAUGGAUCAUCUGUUUUGCAUUAUGAUGUUCACAAUCUCUAUGGAUGGUCACAAGCAAAACCCACUUAUGAUGCAUUGCAGAGGACAACUGGCAAAAGAGGAAUAGUUAUUUCUCGUUCUACAUAUCCUACUGCUGGGCGAUGGACUGGACACUGGCUUGGAGACAAUUAUGCCAAUUGGCAGAAUAUGGAAAAGUCCAUCAUUGGUAUGAUGGAAUUUAAUCUCUUUGGAAUAUCUUAUAUUGGUGCUGACAUCUGUGGCUUCUUCAACAACUCAGAAUAUGAGCUCUGUGCCCGCUGGAUGCAGCUUGGGGCAUUUUAUCCAUACUCAAGAAAUCACAACAUCGCAUUCACCAGAAGACAAGAUCCUGUGUCUUGGAAUGAGACUUUUGCAAACAUGUCAAGGGACAUUCUAAAUAUCAGAUACACUCUGCUGCCCUAUUUCUAUACACAGAUGCAUGAGGUGCAUGCUAAAGGUGGCACUGUUAUCCGCCCUCUUCUGCAUGAGUUCUUUAAAGAAAAGCCAACAUGGGACAUCUAUAAACAGUUCUUAUUUGGACCAGCAUUCAUGAUUACUCCAGUACUGGCACCCUUUGAAAGCUCGGUUACUGGUUAUGUCCCUGAUGCUCGGUGGUUCGAUUACCAUACGGGUAUAGGUAUUCCUGCCAGAGGAGAAAAUUAUAGAUUUGAUGCUCCUUUUCAUAAAAUAAACCUCCAUGUCCGUGGUGGGUACAUCUUACCAUGCCAAGAACCUGCAAGAAACACACUUCACAGUCGUCAAAAUUACAUGAAGCUCAUUGUUGCUGCAGAUGACAACCAGACAGCCCAAGGAACUUUGUUCUGGGAUGACGGAGAGACCAUUGAUACCUAUGAAAGAGACCUAUAUUCUCUAAUACAAUUUAAUUUAAACCAGAACACCUUAACGAGCACUGUAUUAAAAAGUGGUUACAUAAACAGUAGUGAAAUGAGGCUUGGGUUUGUCAGUGUAUGGGGGAAGGGAAAGACUGCUGUUAAAAACAUUAUUCUCACAUAUGGAGGAAAAACGGAGGCACUUCUGUUUUCUCAAGAAGAAGACAAAGAGAUAUUAAAUAUUGACCUGAGAAGAAACGGUGUAACUCUGGAUAACCCAAUAAACAUCACUUGGUUGUGA